CUACUUCCGGGUUGUUGUCACGGACGCUUUCAGUCCCCGGAAAUCACCAAAAAAUAACUAGCGGUUGAGUAACGGGGAUAUUUUAUCGAUAGAUAACCAAUAAAAGUGACAUGCGACUUCUGCCAUAUCGGCUGCCCGGGAAACGGUGUACAUAAAAUGCUUAGUGCAAUAUUUGGUGACAGCGGUGGAUAUCCUGUCAUAGUAAUGCAAUAUAAUAUUUUUAUUGGCUGUUGAAUUGUCUCGGUUUUUGUUAUUAGCUACAAAUAGUUGUCGCAGACAGAUAUCAGCAUGAAGUGACUACAAAUGAUGUCGGUCACAUUUUCCCCGCCGGUAAUGGAUUAACACCGGAUGGAUUAAGUAAGAGCUUUCGUAAGAGCACUAUGGAGUGGCCAGAGGACUUUGCUGAAGAUCAUGCCUUUGUGGAGCUGCUGGUUCCAGGUGUUUCCAGUGAUCUGGACUUUGAACAGCUUAUGAAAGACACAGAGGAGAAGCUCAAUCUCAAUGCCAACAGCAUUGAACAGCAGCUGAAGGAACUCCAGGCUAAAAUAGGAGACUCCCGCACAGCAGAGCGUCCACUGAGUCCCACAGAGUGGCUGCAGUGGUUCUCCCUCAAAACACAACAGAGUGUGAGGCCUGUUACCCAAGGACAUCAAGAGCUUAUGGACUUCUUCAGAGCUCUGCAACAGUACCUGAGAUCUGAAGAAGAGUCGAAAGAAGAGGUGACGCUUCAGCUACUGCUGAAUCUGUCGUCCCAGUGCGGUAUUUGCUUCCCCUGUAACCACUCUUCUUCAUCCCCACUUACGUCUCUUCAUUCUCAACUGACUGCCUCCUCCAUCCAGCUGGUACAUACAGUCAGAGAAGACGCUUCAUUAGAGAUCCAGGAGGUGUGGGAUGAUGUGCGACUCCGACUCAGACGCUACCUGAUGGACCAACUGUUUCCCCGUAGUCCAGAGCUUCCUGGACCUCGACAAACAACCGCUCUGUCCAUCCUUGAACGGGUUCAGUGUCUGCAGCAGAUGUUCUUUCUUUAUCCCGAGUCAGAGGUGCUGCAAUUUUACCAGGGCCUAACACGGCAAUACGUGCUGGGUAUUGUGCACUCCACCCUGUCCACCAGUCAAAUUGGUGAGACUGGUUUUGACAGGCUGGCUAUGGGUUUCUGCAGCAUGGUGCCAAUACUGACUCAAGCCCUCAAAGAGGAGCUCCACGUCCUUUCAGGACUAGCAGAACCACACACGAUCCUUGGUUUUAUUAAUGAAGCCUACCUCAAUACAGUGGCCACAGAGUUUGCCUCCCUGAUGGAGAGAGAAUGUGAGACAGCUCACAGAGACAACACUGCCCCGAGCGUCAAGACAAAAAAGUAUUCAGUCAAAUCCCGGGCAACUGUAGCACCACUGGAGCUUCCCACGAAAAGUCGGAGCUUUAGUUUGACCUCCCACCAGUUGAGGGCGUUAACCCAGCUGGCUUGCACCCUGCUGGGAUUUGAGAGCGAUGUGAAGGAGCUGGUCACUAACACGAUCUUCAUUGACUGUACAGGAGACACUCCUCCUAUAAAAGGCAUCUUGAAAAAAAGCAAAAAGGAUUCAGACAACACAACUGAGAGCAAGAAAUCCACCACAGAAACAACAAAGGCAAAGGUUCUGGAGUUCAACUGGAGGUCAGCAUUCAAGGGACUAGUCCCUCACAUGGAGCAUUGCGUAAAGGUGGUGCUGGAUAAUGUCUGUGCUAAGAAUCUACAACAAGAAGACGAACUGCAUUCUUCUGGACAUCUCUCUGUCUCCCUGAGCCUGAUUACUAGACCCAGCUUCACCACUGCCAGCAACACACAUCUCAGAGAAGACACAUUCUCCUCCUACUCAGAGGCAGAGACUCCCAGAAUGAUAGCCAAGUUUUGCGGAGCAGUCAUGUCUGAAAUGGAUGCCUUACUACCACUGGCAGCAGCCUGCAACGAGAGCUCUCUUCUGCAGGUGCGAUCAAGCUUUAUAGAGUCAUGUGGCAGAGCAGCAUUUGCCAUGUUGGGUCGUUUGGAGGAGAGGGCCCUGGAGGUACCAUCCUCUGCUCCCCUGAAGAACUUGCAUGCUCUACUGGCCACUUGCAUUUAUGUGCACCAGCGACUAGAGCACUACAGUGCCAGGCUGAAGGAUUCCAGUACUGCUGCAGCUAAAAUAACCCUUACCCCACUACCUGUGCAGAAAUACAAAGAUACAGUCGAGGCCAUGAGAGAGCAGUUGACCAGCUACUGUAUCCAGGCUUGUUAUACAUGCAUUCUUCAGGAUGCAGAGAGCCACCACUGGGCUGACCCUAAACCUUUCUAUGAGGGCGAGAGGUGUUCCUUCUCAGUGCAGAUGUGGUUCUACUUCCUGUGCGGGCUUCGCAGCGACCUGUGGGCGGUCCUUCCAGCGGAGCUGGCCAGGGAUGUCCUUGGCCAGGUUCUAACAGACACUUUACAACUGCUAGUGCGAAGAUAUGCCAGAGCGCGGGCUUCAUAUAAGAGGCACCUGCAAAUCAGAUGUGACAUUACAGCAAUGUUGCUGUAUGUGGAGCACCUUAUGUGGAGUCUGUGUGAAGGUCCUGAGGCCUUGGUGUGCUACAAGCCUUCUUCAGUGAUUACCAUAAUAGCAGGUGGUUCAGACUGGCCAUACCAAAUCCACAACCUGUGUGACCAGCUCCUGACAGUCCUCGUCAUUGUCACAGCACCUCUAUCUUUGCUACAUAGGACAUUUAUGAUAGAUGCUGCGAAGGAGACCUCACCAGACCCACCGACCAUUCCUGUCAUACGCUGGCUAAAUGCUAUUAACCCCGAGGUCUUCACAGAGCAAGCUAUAAGAGAUGGCCUUAUGGGCCAGGCAUCCUUGGCAUGUCAACUGAGGCUACUGACAUCUGACCCCGGAUGCAAUCCCAAGUUGCUCCUUCAAAUGCUGCUUUACAGAGACUGUCACCUGCCCAGAAUACUCCUGGAAAAUUCUUAUUUUUGCCAGGAGAACAGCUCAGAAAUGUCUACAGAGAGCUGCAAGGCGGGAGAUGAUUUCAUGAUGUCAUUGUUCAACCUUUUCUCUUGCCUGAAUAAUGUUCCUAAGGCCUUGACUCAGGCCCUUCAACCAUACCUGGAACGUGCACACAUAUGGGAACAUCUCUACACUCUGGCAGACACCACACGGACAGUACCUAUAGUUGUCAGCUGUGUCCGGGACAUAGUCACAAAAUCCACCAAUAGCCUUCUGCAACACCUCGUCUCCAUGGUUUUGGGUUGGCAGGCCACAGAGGAGCCUGGUGCAGCCUUGUUCAAGCGUACUGUGCCAGAGAAUGUCCUGGCUAAGAUACCCAAGGACUGGAACUACACACCAUUGGAUGUAAAGGGAAAGGACACUGUUGCUAAAACUAUCAUAUCCUUAGCAAUUCAAGCAUUGUCCUUCAUUUUCACCAACCUGCCAAUGGCUGUAGCAUCCUUGCCACUCCCGAUCCGCUUUCUAUUCCAAGUGGCAGAGAAGCACCUUUCCCAGCAUGCCCGGCAGCUGCGGUUAGUGGGCCUGUUGAUCUGGGCCUUGCUGGGCUGCCUGAUCCAGGGCCUAGAAGACCCAGACACACUAGAACAGAUCAGUGGUCUGGCUCUGGACCGCUCAGCAAAAGACCGCCUGUCCCUGCUGGCAGAGUGCGUACAGGCGGCCAUAGGCAUUCAGCAAAAGGGUGUUCCCAAACCUUCAGUGCACAAAGUUAUACAGGCCUUGGAGGAAAAACGACCAAAGUGGACACAACUGCAGCUGCAGAAGGCCCGCAAACUCUGCUCAGACAGUGUAUUUGAACAAGGAAGCGAGAGAGGAGUUGCUGCAGCUGAACUGACUGAGCAGAAAAUAGGCCUGAUGCUGCUGGAGGUCUGCCACAAAGCAGGUGGCAGCAGCUACCUGAGGCAGAUCUAUCACAUCAUCCAAGGCAAUGAGGAACUGCUGAUGUCUAAACUGAGUGGAAGCUCAGACUUGCCAAAUGAUCCUCCACUUUUUGUGAAGUUUGAUCUUGGCCCCGAGAGUCAUGUUGGAGGUGCCCGUUUCAAUCCUCUCCACCAGUUUGACCACAUUGGCAAGAAGAAGCUGGAUCAGAGUGCUGUGGUCGACUGGGCAUGGGACUGGGCAAGGCUGCUCCCAGCCUAUCAGGGCAUGAGUCGGGUCACCUUCAGAGCUCUGCUGGCCAACAGGUGGGAGAUGCAGGAGGGUGCACAGCUGGAAGAUGGAGAGAAAGCGAUGGUGGAGGAACUUGAGAAAGCUUUUUUGGGUUGCUGCUGCACCCCAGGACCACAGAACCCCCCUGAAGCUGAUGAGACACCCGGAAAGCAGGCCCAGGGGAAAACACAACCAUCUGCAUCUGAUGAAGGUUCUACCCCGUAACAGCCCACGCCGAUGGAUUUUUAUUAUUGUUUUUUUUUUUUA